AUGGGAUCAGGAAAGCAUAGCAGCAAUUCUGAAACAUCUAGCGAAGAAAUCGAUCAGCCAGAGAAGCUCAUGAAUGAUGAUAACGCUGGAAUUGGACGUUCCUAUGAGUGCACUUUCUGUAAAAGAGGCUUCACCAACGCACAGGCCUUGGGAGGACAUAUGAACAUACAUAGGAAAGAUAAAGCCAAGGCCAAGCAGAAGAAUCAUCAACAGCAAGACCGGAAUUCAAUAACAAAUACAUCCCAUGAAGAUUACAUGAGUACUUCUCCCAAGUAUUUUGCACCAAAUCCCAUCGAGCAACAACAGUGUAGCACGGCUAUGGCAGCAUAUAUGAGUUAUCAACUCUACUUCCCUUCCUCAAAUAAUAGUUAUCUACAUGCUUAUCAUCAGUAUCAUGAUUUGCCUUCUCCUAGGUCUGAGCAUCAUCUCAGCAUGCAUGAGUAUCACAUGGAUCAAACCUUGAGUCGUCAAAUCGGCCCCCCUCGCAUGGAAGAUGGUGAUGAGAUGAAGAUUGCCAGAACUGAAAAUGAAGUGGAUUUGGAGCUUCGUCUUGGUCACUACCCUUAG